AAUCUAUCAUGUUGCAGAACUCCUUCUUGGAAAUACCAUUGAACAAUGCUCUGAUGUUAUAUAAUAGAGAAAUUGUUCCCCGACUAACAAAGAAGAAUAAAACAGCUUGUUGAAACCUCCAAGAAACCUUCGUCAUAUCCCUUACAUUAGUUAUUUGGAUCUCAUCAAGUCGACAAUAAUGAGGGAGCCCAUUUGGAACCGAUUAUACAGGGUUCAUCUUCCUGAGGUGGAUAAAAAGAAGCAUCCAAUUUUUUUGGAACAAACAAGAAUUGGAUGGACGGUGCAAAUUUCAAAUGCAGUAGAUGCUAGGCGUGUCUUUUUAAAAAGCGAUUUGUUCCCAAAGAUUUUACCCAAAGACGAACAUAAAGAAACACUUGGGGCAAAAUUUGUUGGUGGGCCUAAUAUGCUGGUUCUCAAUGGUCAUCAGUGGAAAACCCAAAGAAAAAUAGCCAAUCCAGCCUUCCAUCGUUCUAUGCCCGUCAAACUGUUUGGUAGAUUGACACAAGACAUGUUCGACGUGAUGGAAACUAUGGGUGACACAGUUGAUGUAUCCGAUUUAUUGCAUCGAUGGACUCUUGAUGCUAUUGGAAAAGCAGGCUUUGAUUUCGACUUCAAUGCUAUCAAGGAUCGUAAUAGCGAAUGGGCUUGCAGAUAUGAUAAAAUUAGUGAGGGUCUUCGUGAUUCUAAAUUCUUUUACUUUCCAAUUUUUGACACCAAGUUGCGUUGGAUGUUUCCUAAAAGAGUCCAGCUUCAUAAAGAAAUGGACAGCUUUUUAGAAAUGCUGGAUGAAGUUAUUUUCAAAAAGAGAGAAGCUAUCAAGAACGGCUUGCAAAACAAUGCACUGGAAGACAACGAAAAAGAUUUAUUGACUCUAAUGAUUGAAAGUGAAGAUUUACAAGAAGGAGGCUUAACUGAUGAGGAACUAAAGAGUACGUUCUGUGUAUUCUUUUUGGCUGGUCAUGAUACAACUGCAGGCGCUUUAUCGUUUGCAGUUCAUCAUUUGGCUCAAAACCAGGACAUCCAACAAAAAGCUAGAGAAGAAGCCAUUCGUGUCUUGGGUGAUGGAAAAUACGAUAUAUUACCCACUGUCGAGCAGACUAAAGAAAUGGUUUACAUUAACCAGGUCAUAAAGGAAACCCUCCGUAUCAAUGGACCUACGCCUAGAGUUUUUCCUCGCUAUGCUACUGAAGACACUGAGCUUUCUGGUAAAUUUAUCCCAAAAGGAACACCACUCACAGUCAACAUUUUCAAUGUUCAACAUUCAGAACAAAAUUGGAAGGACGGACACAUUUUUGAUCCUGACAGAUUCGCCGAAGAUGGCGAAGCUUCCCGAGCAGAAAGUAUGGCCUGGACCCCUUUUGGCAAUGGGGCUAGACAGUGUAUCGGUAUGAAUUUUAGUUUAAAUGAGCAGCGUGUAUUUCUUGCAAUGCUAUUACGCAAAUUCAUUUGGAAAACACCGGAAAAUUCUAUCCAUAAAAAUGGCCCAAUCUCAUAUGGUGUCACUGUUAUUGGCCUUCAGAAUUUAGAUAUUACUUUCAAGAGAAUUUAUUAGUUAAGUUAUUUUAGUGAGAUGGCCAAGAAGAAACAAAGUUCUUCAAAAUAAAUUGUCAGAUUUUAAUUUGAAAGAGGUCUAGAGAGUUAUAUAACUUUAUGUAAGACUCACUAUGUAAUUGGAGAACAAGAGGUCUAAGACGACACAUAAUACAUGUACACUCGCUCAUAUUCCCUACUAAAACUUCUGACUGAUAGCUGGUUCGGUGAUAAUAGCUCAAACUCAUUGUUUCGAUUUAGUAUUGACGAUUUAAUAUAAUUAAUC